AUGUUUCCUAGCAUAUUUGGUGGAAGGGAUCCUUUUGAUGACCCCUUUUUCACUCGCCCAUUUGGUAGCAUGUUUGGUUCAAGCACUUUCGGCUCAAACAGUGCCCAUGGAGAAUCUCGACACACCAGUGUCAGUGGAUCAAAGGGACUAGUUAUUGAAGAGUUGGAUAGCGAUGAUGAAAGUGUAGUAGAAGACGAGUUGCAUGAUGUUAAUGACGUAGGCGAUAAGAAAGAUAAAUUUAAAGAGAAUGCUUGGUCUAACAGAAAUCCUCUAGUCGAGCACCCAGAGGACCAAACUAGUGACCACCGCAAGAGCACGAACAACAGCCAAGAAGUUUCUUACAGAACCAACCAUAGCAAAGCGGAGGGAUCUCAACCACAGAGCCGGAACUUCCAGAGGGUAACUUAUGGUGGUAUUAAUGGAGCUUAUUACACUGCAACGACAACACGAAGGACUGGAAGUGAUGGAGUGAUACUAGAAGAGAGCAAACAAGCUGACAAAACAACUGGUGAAGCAACACACAGGAUUUCUAGAGGAAUUCAUGACAAGGGCCAUUCACUUACCAGGAAGCUUGAUUCGGAUGGUAAGGUUGACACAAUGCAGACUUUGCACAAUUUAGCUGAAGAUGAGCUGCAAGGCUUUGAGCAAGCUUGGAAAGGUAAUACCGAUGGGCAUUUGCCUGGUUGGAAUACUGGAUUUGACUUGCAUUCUGGUGCAGGGAAUAGUGGUGGUGCGCAGACUGAUCUGACUACCUGGGGAGGUUUUGCUCGUCCAUUUAUGCAGCAGUUUGGUAGAGACGAAAUAUUUGGACCGGGUUGGAGUACUCGGGCUCAGUCUUCCAGUGGAAGACCCAAGAAGGUCGUCACGAUUAACAUUGAGUGA